AAGAAGGGGGAAAGAUACCUCACGGUACGUGUCGGAGAGAAAAGCGUCGCACCAGCCAUCACCAAGCUCCAGCCUUCCGGCCUUCCAGGCGUUGAGAAAUGAGUGCCAGACUGCAAGUGACGAAGUAGUGUAUAGUGUAGGAUUAAAUUGGGCACAAUGUGGAAACCCAAUCUACCCAUGUUCGAUGGAGACGAAGAACAUGAUGAGAACUUAUUGGGUGAAUCUGAUGGGUUGUUUUCGCUAUCCCCUUUGCAGAGAAUUUAUGGGUUUGCCGCAUCUUUAGUUGCUGGGUUGGUUUGUAUGCUUCUGUCAUUGAUUGUUUUUGCAAAGCCAAUCAAGUUUGCAAUAAUAUUCAGCUUUGGCAAUUUAUUGGCAGUUGGAAGCACAGCCUUCCUCAUUGGCCCAGGACAACAAUUACGAAUGAUGCUUGAUCCUGUUCGUAUUUAUGCAACAGUGAUUUACAUUGGGAGUGUUGUUCUUGCUCUCAUUUGUGCUCUUUGGUUUCAUAACAAGAUCUUAACAUUACUUGCCAUGAUAACUGAGAUCUGUGCCCUUAUCUGGUAUGGUUUAAGUUACAUUCCAUUUGCUCGUAGAUUGGUUUCUGAAUUGUUCAUCAGUUGUUGCGACACUGAUAUAAACUAGAACUUCUGCCAAAGGAGAUUUGUUUGAAACUGUUUUUAGAAAUUCUUAAAACAUCAAGAUUUGAUUUUAUUUUUUUCGGGUGCAAGUGAAGGUUUGUGUCUAACAUCUUAUAGCGUGUACUCAUACAAGAGUGGUGAUUAGGGUUAUGUAGAAUAUUGAAUAUUCACUGAUAAGCAGAAUUUGUACAAGGUUUUGUCCUCUUUUGCCAGCAACCUGCAAGUCUUAUUUUAAGCUGAAAGC